AUGGAACAAACAAAUAAACGAUAUAGAAUUGCAAUAGAUCGUGGUGGUACAUUCACAGAUGUUAUUGCCAAUAAAGGUAGCGGGAAACCAGAAGAUGAUCUGGUAUUUAAGUUAUUAUCUGUAGAUCCCAAAAAUUAUAAUGAUGCACCAUUAGAGGGUAUCAGACGUGUGCUAGAGGUCUUUGAAAAUAGAAAAAUAACUCGUGGUGAGGUGCUAGACAUUUCAAACGUCGCAAGUAUCCGUAUGGGAACAACGUUGGCCACGAAUUGUGCACUUGAAAGAAACGGUGAACCUUGUGCUUUCAUUACUACAAAGGGUUUCAAAGAUUCUCUAUUAAUCGGAGAUCAGACAAGACCAAAAAUUUUCGAUCUAAAUAUCAAGAAAGCUGAACCAUUAUAUGAGACAGUUGUUGAAAUUGACGAAAGAGUUACAUUAGAAGAUUAUUCUGAACAGUCACCAUUUAGUAAAAGUAGUCCAAAUGUGAAAGAAUUUACAUAUGAAGGAAAAAGUGGGGAAAUUGUUAGAGUGAUAAAGGUCCCAAAUGAAAUCGAGAUUAAGAAGGUUCUAAACGGUAUUUUAAGAAAGGGUAUCAACUCAGUUGCAAUCGCAUUUAUGCAUUCAUACACAUACCCAUUUCACGAACAAAUGGUGGCGAACAUUGCUGAAGAAUUGGGUUUUACACAUAUUUCUUUAUCCUCUGAGGUUUCUCCAAUGAUUAAAUUUUUACCCAGAGCCCAUAGUUCUGUGGCCGAUGCUUAUUUGACACCAGUGAUCAAAAAAUAUUUAGACAGUAUUUCUCAAGGCCUCAAAAAUGGCUCUAAGACAAGUAUACAAUUUAUGCAAUCUGAUGGUGGUUUGGUAGAAGGAUCUAAAUUUUCUGGAUUGCGGUCGAUUCUUUCAGGUCCAGCCGGAGGGGUUGUUGGUUAUUCGAGAACAUGUUUCGAUGAAGUGAACAACACACCAUUAAUAGGGUUUGAUAUGGGUGGGACCUCCACAGAUAUUAGUAGAUACGGUGACGGUAAGCUUGAACAUAUUUUUGAAACCAAAACUGCUGGUAUUAUAAUCCAAUCUCCCCAACUAGAUAUCAAUACGGUCGCAGCUGGCGGUAGUUCUAUUUUAACAUGGGAAAAUGGGUUAUUCAAAGUCGGCCCCAACUCUGCUACAGCUGAUCCUGGACCUGCGUGUUACAGAAAGGGAGGUCCAUUAACAAUAACUGAUGCCAAUCUGUUUCUAGGGAGAUUAGUUCCUCAAUUAUUCCCUCACAUUUUUGGACCUAACGAAGAUGAACCUCUUGACUUAAAUGCUACUACUAAAAAAUUUAUAGAGCUAACUCACAUUAUCAACAAAGACCUGAACUCUAAUCUGUCAGCGCAAGAGGUUGCAUGUGGAUUUUUAGAAGUUGCAAACGAAGGGAUUGCACGUCCUAUUAGAGCUUUAACUGAGGCUAAAGGUUUUAGUGUUUCCAAACAUACCCUUGUUUCAUUUGGUGGUGCCGGUGGACAACAUGCUGUUCCGGUUGCAAACUCACUCGGAAUAGAUACUGUAAUUAUCCAUAGAUAUUCUUCCAUUUUAUCUGCGUAUGGUAUAUAUCUAGCUGAUGUUGUAGAGGACCAUCAAGAACCAUGCUCCUUAAUAUUGAAUAACGAUGGUACUAUAUGCCAAAUUGGACAAAUCUUUAAGAAACUAACUGCAAAGUCUAUCUCUGAGCUUAAAAAAGUGGGAUUCUCCAACGAAAACAUCAUGGUAGAGAGAUAUUUGAAUUUGAGAUAUGAGGGUACAGAGACUGCGUUGAUGAUUCAUCAAAAUGGCACUAAAUGGAAUUUCGAAGAAGCAUUCAUAGAAAACCAUAAGAGAGAGUUUGGGUUUAUCUUUGUAAAUAAGAAUAUUAUUGUCGAUGAUAUUCGUGUCAGAUGUAUUGGAAAAUCCAAUAUUAAUUUACAGGAAUCAAUUACCCAACAAUUAAAAGAUCUGACCCACAAUGAAUUAAUAACCCCCAAUAAAUGUUGUAGUUUCCAACAAGAUGUUUAUUUCAAGGAUAAAUAUAUUAAAACACCGAUAUACGUUAUCAAUGAAAUGAUACCUGGCUCAACAAUUAGGGGUCCUGCAAUAUUAGCAGAUAAUACACAAACCAAUAUUAUCCCUGAUAAUGCAGAAGCAGUGGUUUUGAAGUCACAUAUUGUGGUUAGAGUGUUGAACAAAUCUAUCGUAUCAGAGAAGAAUGAUGGUAAAUAUAUUGACCCAAUCCUGUUAUCCAUUUUUGGUCACAGGUUUAUGGAUAUUGCGGAACAAAUGGGUACACAGUUAAGAAAGACGUCUGUAUCAACAAAUGUUAAGGAGAGGUUGGAUUUUUCAUGUGCUUUGUUUGAUCCAGAGGGUAAUCUGGUGGCUAAUGCACCUCAUGUGCCUGUUCAUCUUGGUUCAAUGUCAACAUGUAUCAUUGCACAGGCAAAAUUAUGGAAAGGUAAACUAAAGCGUGGAAGUGUCUUAUUUACCAAUCAUCCAGAUGUUGGUGGUACCCACUUACCUGAUAUUACUGUAAUAACUCCUGCAUUUUCAGAUGAAGACGAAAUUUUAUUCUAUGUUGCAUCCAGGGCACAUCAUGCCGAUAUUGGCGGUAUUUUACCAGGCUCAGUCCCCCCAGAUUCUAAAGAGCUCUAUGAAGAAGGUGCUGCUAUUUAUUCAGAAUUCUUGGUCAAAGAUGGAAUAUUCCAAGAGCAGUUAGUCUAUGAUCUAUUUGUUACGAAACCCGCUCAAUAUCCCGGUUGUUCAGGUGCAAGAAGAAUAUCGGACAAUAUUAGUGAUUUAAAAGCACAAGUAGCAGCAAAUACUAAGGGUAUUCAGUUGAUCAAUUCUUUAGUUGAAGAAUAUAAAUAUCCAAUGAUUCUAAAAUAUAUGAACGCAAUUCAAAUGAAUGCGUCCAGUACGAUUAAAAAGAUGUUAAGCAAGCUUGUCAAGCAUUUUGGGACUUCCAAAUUUUCUGGAUAUGACUAUAUGGAUGACGGUUCCAGAAUUACUUUAAACGUUGAAUUGAAUAUUGAAAAGGAAGAGUAUACCUUUGACUUCACAGGUACAUCCCCACAAAUUUAUGGUAACACCAAUGCACCAAAGGCAAUUACUAACUCCGCUAUUCUUUACUCUUUAAGAUGCCUAGUUGGGGAAGAAAUACCUUUAAACCAAGGUUGUUUGAGUCCAAUUACUAUAAUUAUCCCUGAAGGUUCCUUAUUAAGUCCAUGUAAUGGGGUUGCUGUUGUUGGGGGUAAUGUUCUAACUUCCCAACGUGUCACGGACGUGAUUUUAAAGACCUUAAACAUUCAAGCUGACUCACAGGGUGAUUGUAACAAUUUUACGUUCGGUACAGGUAGUAUCAUCGAUCAAAUGACUGGUAAGAAAUAUGAAGGGUUCGGUUACUAUGAGACAAUUUGUGGUGGUUCUGGAGCUGGUUGUGAUUCAUGGAGAGGACCUGGCUGGAAUGGAACUAGUGCUGUUCAUACUAAUAUGACCAACACACGUAUGACAGAUACAGAGGUUCUUGAGAGACGAUAUCCUGUAAUUCUAAGACAGUUUUGUAUUCGUGCUGAUUCUGGUGGUCAAGGUAAAUAUUCUGGUGGUAACGGUGUCAUAAGAGAUGUUGAGUUCCGAUUACCUAUGAAGGCAUCUGUUUUAUCAGAGAGACGUGUCACGGUACCUCAUGGCCUAGAGGGGGGUGAGGAUGGUCAAAGGGGAGAAAAUACAUGGUUUAGAAGUGAUACUAAUGCCAUGAUUAACAUCACCGGUAAGAAUACAAUCAAUGUCAAUAUCGGUGAUAGAGUGAUAAUCAAAACUCCAGGAGGUGGCGGAUUCGGUAAGAAUUAA